GGAGAGAGCAGCUGCGCACACCGAGGGCUGCAGGAUGCGCGUCUUCGCUCUGCUCUGGACACUCGGGUUCCUGCUGAAGGAGGCCCAGGCGUGGGGCUUCAAGAACGGAAUUUUUCACAAUUCCAUAUGGCUGGAACAAGCGGCCGGAGUUUACCACCGGGAGUCGCGCAAAGGGAGGUACCAGCUGACGUACCGGGAGGCCAAGGCUGUCUGCAAGUACGAGGGCGGCGCGCUGGCCACGUACGAGCAACUGGAGGCGGCUCGGCAAAUAGGUUUCCACGUGUGUGCAGCCGGAUGGUUCGACAAGGGGCGCGUCGGCUACCCCAUCGUCAAAGCUGGUGCCAACUGCGGCUUCGGGAGGAUUGGCAUCAUCGACUACGGAUACAGGCUGAACAAGAGCGAGAAAUGGGACGUGUACUGCUACAACCCCAACUCCAAGGAGUGCGGCGGAGUGCUGACGGAUCAGAAGAAGAUCAUUCAUUCUCCCGGUUUCCCCGAGGAGUACCAGGCAGAACAGAUCUGCUACUGGCACGUCCGCGUCCGCCUCGGCCAGAGGAUCCGCCUCCGCUUCCUGCAGUUUGAUGUGGAGGACGACACGGCGUGUCUGGCAGACUACCUGGACGUGUACGACAGCUACGACGACGUCUCCGGCUUUGCUGGGAGGUUCUGCGGCGAUUACAUACCUGACGACAUCAUCAGCACAGGAAACGUGAUGACGUUAAAGUUCCUGUCCGACGCUUCGGUCACAGCCGGGGGCUUCCGGUUAGAAUACAAGGCCUUUAAUGCAUCUCUCUUCUCAGCCAAUCACACCCACUAUCUUCACUGACUAAUGGUCUGAUACACUGACGUAAUCCUGUUGCUGUAUUUAUAAUGUCACUGGUUACCUCGUGUACUGUAAUAAAUUAGUCUUUAUAGCUCAUGAAAGGAACAAUGCUGUCAAAUAAAC